GAUUUGGAAGACUCGGGAACGGGGUCAGGGAGUAAGGAGACCAGCGUGCCUCCAUUAUUCCAACCCGGAUCGGAGGACUUCGUCAAUUCCAGUCACUCGGAUGUUGUUUCCUCCAAGUCCCCGGAAGACGUGAUGAAUCUCAUCCUUCCUCCUCUUGAAUGGGAGGAAGACGGGAAUCUCUGGCGGCAGCAGGUGUCGUGCACUCCGGCGACGCGGCUGGACGUGUUGAACCUCCAGAAGCAGCUGGACGCUCGCAUCCAGCACAGGCAGGCGAAGGCAUCUGGAAUUUGCCCCAUCAGGAGGGAAAUCUUCUCGCAGUGCUUCGACGAGCUGAUCCGGCAGGUGACGGUGAGCUGCGCGGAGAGGGGGAUGCUGCUGGUCCGGGUGAGGGACGAGGUGAACAUGACUCUUGCCGCCUAUCAGACUCUGUUCGAGAGCAGCUGCGCCUUCGGGAUUCGCAAGGCCCUUCAGGCCCAGGCCGGGAAGGAGGACCUCGAGAGACGGGUGGAGGACUUGGAGGACGAGAAGCGGAAGCUGGAGGACGAGAAGCGGAACCUGGAGCUCCGAUUGGAGGAGACGACCCGGCUUCACCAGGAAAGGGAGGAGCAGGAGAAGAAGCGGCACGAGGAGAAGCUCGAUUUCUUCCAGCACAAGAUCCAACAGCUUCGGAAUCAAUUGGAGGCGGUGCUGGCGGCGAAGAAGUGAUGCUUCGUCUCGUCAUCAGCUGCUUCAUCUCGUCGUCAGAUGCUUCGAAUUUCAUCAGACGCUUCGUCUCGUCAUCAGAUGCUUCGUGAAAUUGCACCCCGACC